AUGCACUAUGGAGACUUAUUCAAUGUAAGAAUUGAAACUAUUUUUGAAGAACAGGAUCAAGAAAGUACGGCUUCCUGUCAUCAUAUCACGAUCAGUGAUCUUGAAGAAGAAGAAGAAGAUGCAGAUGACGCUCCCGCUGAAUUUGAACAGGGAGUAGAAAAUACAGUCGAUGCGCUAAAAGAGAUUAAUCUUGGCACAAGCGACGACCCUCGCCCAAUUUACAUAAGUUCCUGUAUGACCCCUGAAGAAGAGAAAGAGUAUGUUGAUUUGCUGCUCGAGUUCAAAGAUGUCUUUGCUUGGAAUUACUCAGAAAUGCCUGGCUUAGAUCCAAGAGUCGUUGUUCAUAACUUAUCGGUCAAGCGAGGAACAAAACCUGUCAAGCAAACUCAGAGACGUUUUCGACCCGAAUUGAUUCCUUUGAUAGAAAAUGAGAUAAAUAGACUGAUUGAAGCUGGGUUCAUCCGAGAAGUGAAAUAUCCAACAUGGAUUUCGAGCAUUGUCCCUGUGAGGAAGAAGAAUGGACAAAUCCGAAUUUGUGUUGAUUUUCGAGACUUAAAUGAGGCUUGCCCCAAAGAUGAUUUUCCACUCCCCAUCACAGAAUUGACGGUAGAUGCUACGACCGGGCACGAAGCACUAUCUUUUCUCGACGGAUCAUCUGGCUACAAUCAAAUACGUAUGGCGCCUGAGCAUGAGGAGCUCACUGCCUUCCGCACCCCCAAGGGAAUUUAUUGCUAUAAAGUGAUGCCGUUUGGCUUGAAAAAUGCUGGAGCGACAUAUCAAAGGGCAAUGCAAAGAAUUUUUUAUGAUAUGCUCCAUAAAAAUGUGGAGUGCUACGUCGAUGAUCUUGUGGUGAAAUCAAAGAAGCGGGAAGACCAUAUUCAAGACCUUCGAAAAGUUUUUCAACGCCUUCGGAGAUACCAACUGAAGAUGAAUCCUUUGAAGUGUGCAUUCGGAGUUACUUCUGGCAAGUUUCUCGGCUUCAUCGUUCAUCGACGGGGUAUAGAGGUCGAUCGAUCUAAAAUCGAUGCCAUUGUGAGCAUGCCUGAACCGAGAAAUAUUCAUGAAUUGAAAAGCCUUCAAGGAAAGUUGGCAUAUAUCCGGAGGUUUAUCUCUAAUUUGGCCGGACGAUGCCAACCCUUCAGUCGACUGAUGAAGAAAGGGGUGCCCUUCGAGUGGGAUGAAUCGUGUAGGAAUGCCUUUACAAGCAUCAAAAUGUAUCUCAUGAGUCCUCCAGUUUUGGCUGCACCCAUCCCAGGAAAACCAUUGGUUCUUUAUAUUUCCGCUCAAGAACGGUCGGUUGGGGCCUUACUUGCUCAAGAAAAUGAUAAAGGUAAGGAGAAUGCGCUGUAUUACUUGAGUCGGAUGAUGACACCUAAUGAGUUGAAUUACUCUCCCAUCGAGAAGUUGUGUUUGGCACUUGUAUUUGUCAUUCAGAAGUUAAAACAUUAUUUUCAAGCACACACUAUUCGGCUCAUAUCUAAGUCUAAUCCCAUUAAAUACGUCAUGGCAAAACCUGUAUUGUCUGAUCGACUCGCGAGAUGGUACCUCCAGUUUCAACAAUUCGAGAUUAUUUACGUACCUGCGAAGGCAGUCAAAGGACAAAUAUUGGCAGACUUUUUAGCCGAUCAUCCCAUACCUGCCGAGUGGGAGUUGACUGAUGAGCUCCCCGAUGAAGAAGUGUUUAUGGUCGAAUCGCCAUGGUCGAUGUAUUUCGAUGGAGCUGCUCACCGUGAUGGAGCUGGCGCGGGAGUUGUCUUUUAUACUCCUGAAGCAGAUAUAUUACCAUACUCGUUCACUUUAACACGCCGGUGUUCAAACAAUGUGGCUGAAUAUCAGGCGUUAAUUCUCGGUCUUGAAACGGCUGUAGACAUGAAGCAGUUGCAUCUUAGAGUCUAUGGUGAUUCAAAAUUGGUGGUAAAUCAGCUUCUUGGUAUUUAUGAUGUCAAAAAACCUGAAUUGAUCCCAUAUUAUAAGUAUGCAAAACAACUCAUGGGAUAUUUAGAUAGUGUCACUAUAGAACAUAUCCCUAGAAAUUUCAACCAACAAGCUGACUCUCUGGCAAGGGUGGCGUCCAUGAUCACCCUACCUUCCCAUCAAAAUCAAAUUUCAAUAUGUCAAAACUGGGUCAUACCUCCGAUGUUUGAUGAAGAGGAUGAUGGUGAGGGAGAGAAUACUUAUCAUAUUUUUGUCCAUGAGGUUGAAAAGGAGGAUUGGCGUCACCCCAUCAUUGAUUACCUUAAUCAUGGGAAGUUACCAGAAGAUUCUAAGAAAAGGGUUGAUAUACGCCGUCGAGCACCACGUUUUAUUCACUACAAAGGGACGCUUUACCGAAGGUCAUUCGAUGGGGUGUUUCUACGAUGUCUUGGAGAAGACGAGGCCACGCAAGCAAUGGAGGAGGCUCAUUCUGGGAUAUGCGGUGCUCACCAGUCUGGCCCGAAAUUACACUUUCGCAUUAAGAGAAUGGGAUAUUAUUGGCCAACAAUGGUGAAGGAUUGCAUUGACUUUGCUAGAAGAUGUCAAGCAUGUCAAUUCCAUGGCAAUUUCAUCCAUCAACCUCCUGAACCAUUGCACCCAACUGUGGCUUCUUGGCCGUUUGAUGCUUGGGGUUUGGAUAUAGUUGGACCACUUCCAAAGUCUUCUGGCGGACACAUUUUCAUUUUGGCGGCGACAGAUUACUUUUCAAAGUGGGCUGAAGCAGUUCCUCUAAGAGAGGUCAAAAAGGAGAAUGUAGUGGAUUUCAUUCGCUUGCACAUCAUUUAUCGGUAUGGAGUCCCGCGGUACAUCAUCACCGAUAAUGGUAAGCCUUUUUGCAAUGUAGCAAUGAACAAACUUUGCGAAAAGUUUCAUUUCAAACAAUACAAUUCGCCCAAGUACUACGCUGCUGCAAAUGGACUCGCUGAAGCAUUCAACAAGACCUUAUGUAAUCUGUUGAAGAAAAUCGUGGAUAAAUCGAGAAGAGAUUGGCAUCUUCGAAUUGGAGAAGCACUUUGGGCAUACCGAACUACUUUUCGAACUCCCACGCAAGCGACCCCAUAUGCGCUUGUUUACGGCGUUGAAGCUGUUCUUCCACUUGAGUGUCAAAUACCUUCGCUAAGAAUUGCGAUUCAAGAAGGGCUCAGUGAAGAAGAUAAUGUUCGUCUUCGUCUUGAGGAGUUAGAAGCACUUGACGAAAAGAGAUUGGAAGCUCUGCAACGGAUCGAGUGCUAUCAGGCUCACCUUUCAAAAGCAUUUAAUAAGCGCGUCCGACCUCGCUCUUUCCAAAUUGGAGAGUUAGUACUCGCUGUUCGGAGACCGAUCAUUCUCAUUCAUGGCGGCCAAAGAAAGUUUACUCCUAAGUGGGAUGGUCCAUAUGUCGUUCGAGAGGUAUAUACAAAUGGUUCAUACAAGUUGGUUGCUGAAGAUGGAUUAAGGGUUGGCCCCAUCAAUGGCAAGUACCUAAAAAGGUACUAUGCGUAA